AUUCACGGCGGGCGUUGGUGCAAGGGUAUAACCAGUUGCCUCAUGCAGAGAGAUAGAUAAGAUAAACGUUGUCUCAUAAGCCAUAAGAGCCUAUCUUUCCACCAUCUCAUCCUGUAUUACAGCUCUCACGAUAAACCAAAUCACCUCUCCUUCAGGACGCACAUCAAGAUCUCCCAAUGGCAGCCAUCUAUGCACAGGACCUCAGAGAGAUAAUUGAGCGCUUUCGAGUCCUGAUUGUAGGGAGAGCAAACGCAGGCAAAACGACCAUUCUCCAUAAGGUCUGCAACACCAUAGAUGAACCUGAAAUUUACGAUUUCAGAGGAAACAAAAUCGAUGCUGAUGUCAUUAAAUCUUCCAUCAAGCGUGGAAAUCACAACAUCGCAAACGAGAUGGUGUUCAAAAGCAAUCCUGGUUUUGUCUUUCACGACUCUUGUGGUUUCGAAGCGGGCUCUGAAGAAGAGUUCGAGGACAUGAAAAAAUUCAUCUCAGAACGCGCGCACGCGACGAAAUUGGAGGAGCGGAUUCAUGCCAUCUGGUAUUGUAUUCCGAUGGAUGAACCAUGUCGAACAUUCCAACGAUCUGAGGAGAAGUUCUUUUUGGAGUGUGACACUGGGAACGUUCCCGUGAUUGCGGUAUUCACCAAAUUUGAAGCUUUGCGUCCAAUUGCAUUUGGCGAACUUAAGAAGCAACUAAAAGGGGCAUCGGGAGAAGAACGCUCAAAGAGAAUUACCCAGCGCGUGGAAGAAUUGUUCACAGAUACAGGUGUCUGGGAUCGGUUGUGCGACCCUGAAAACCGUGCCUGUCCUAAGUCUUAUGUACGCUUGCAGAAUAUGAACAGACCGGAUACAAACUGUAACAAUUUACUGGAAAGCACCACUCUCGCAUUGGACAACGAAGAAUUGCGGUUGUGCUUGAUGUCGACCCAACAAUCAAACCUGGAGCUUUGUAUCAAAUGUGCCGUUACAAUACUCGUUGAUCGUGUACAUCAGCAAUCUGGGCUUCUUGGAUUCGAUUACGAGGUCUAUCAGCAUGACAUUGCUAAGUGGUUUGUAUAUCUCAAAGUAAGAUGAAGAUUGAUUCAACUCUGAUGAUGCUCUGAUGCUCAUGAUGUUGUCCAUCA